GUAUUGGAAAAAAAAUUUAUCGAGUCGCAUUAAAUAAGUUGUAUCAACUUUCUAUUAAAAUAGAAGUAUUACUGUAGAAUACACACAAUAACACAUUAAACAUGCAGCGUUUAUUCGCCCUUCUCAUACUUUCUAUGUGCAUCUGCGCUUCUCUCUCAACUUCAAGUUACUGUGAUAGUGGGGAACAUGAUAAAUGUGAUGAAGUUUGUCGUAAACGGGAAUCAUUGUGCUACAGAUAUGACAAUGCAUUCGAAUGCAAAUGUGGAAAUCUACGAUCUACUGACACACCAAAUGAUUGCGGUCCAGCGGAAAAAAAGCAGUGCGAGAAACAUUGCCAAAAAAGAGGUUUCCUUGCGUGCUUUAAAUAUUCUGAACUCGCAUUUGGGUGUGCAUGUAUCUAUCCUUAG